UUCAGGGUGACGCAUAAAUAUCACAAGUGUACAUGUACCUUUUCCAUGCCGGUUGUGAUAUGUACUGCCUUGACGCUUCUGGACGCCUCGGCCAUGGUUCAUCAAGGCAACGUGAUGAUCUUCUAUUUCUAAGUCUAUCUCUUCAUCCAUGAUUAUAUAGAAGGAUGUCUCUUUUUAAUUGGUUGGAGAUAAGCAACCACUAAUUUGCAGAAAAUGGCUGAUGGUUGCGAUAAGAGUGAUGAGGCCUCAUAUGAUAUGUCACGGACACUACUGACAAAAGAUGCUGAGGAUGAGAAGGGGUUUAACGUGAUUCCUAAAAAUGAUGGAGGGAAGUGCUGCAGUUCACCUUCAUCUAUUCAUCCAAGUGAAAACAUGGGAAAGGAGCGACCUAAACAAGUUAAGUCAUUACACAUGUUCCCAGGAGAUGACUGUCGGGAUGAAAAUUGCCACGAGUUGCAUCAUGACGAUAAUGUAAGACUAAGAGGUGCAUGUACAUGCAUGGACAACUACCUACUGAAAACUUUGGAUGAAAUGGAAAAAAGGACUGAGAAGUUACGACAGACAGUCAAAGAGGCAGAGACAGAGAGAUUGCAUCUUCUUGAAUCACUCAACACGUUAAUGCAGAGCCAAGCUCUUGUUGCUGCUGGUGAAAGAGAUGAACUGGAGCUUUAUAUGGAUCGCCUUACCAAUAGACUUCUUACAGUUAACAUUUCAGUAGAGAUUUUCCGCACUCCCCCUCAAGAAGAAUCAUUUCAUCUUGUAAAGACCCUUCUGGGGAAACUUCAGAAAAACCUCAUGCAAGGAGAAACCGAUCCCAGCAUGACUCGCAGAUACCUGAACAGCUGCAUGGCAGAAGCAAGUGGGCCAGUAGAUGAUGCAUUUCAAGGAGCACUGUUGGGUUGUGCAGUAGAAGAUCAGAAAGAAAUUAGAAAGAUGCUCACAUUGAUGUGGGAGGCAAGGGGUGAUAUAGACAGACAGUUGGCUGUUCUUUCUCCAAUGAACUUGGCUUAGUUUGGAUUGAAAUGGUUUUGUUUUUGCACCUGAACUGCAAGAACACAAUGCAAGAUGCUAUAAAGUCAUUUUUUUUAGUAAGUUGGAAACCUGCCAACUCUCAAUAAUACAGUCAUUGAGAGUUGGUGGGUUCAAUAAUACAAUUAUUGAGGGUUGGUGGACCUUUAAUAAUACAAUUUUAGAAAAAAAUGAAAUGCAAAAGGGAUCAAUAUUAUUUUAUUUUAUUUCCUUUUGUGUUUUCCUCUUCUGACCCUAGGUAAAGUAAUUGUAGGGAGUUUAUUGGUCUUUAGAAUUUCAUUUUACUUUUUUUCCCUUUUUCUGUCAUGUUGUGUUCCAAAUUUUAAAAAAUGCUGGCCUCGUGCACAAUAGGCUGCCACUGUUUGAGUUGUGUGGUGAGUAGACUUCUCAGCUGUCCUUGAAGUUUGUGAUAUGAACUGUAUGUGGCACUGGCAGCCCUCACGGACAGACACUUCAUAGCACAGAGUUUUGAAUAAAGGGGGCUUGUUUCAUGAUUGUGCAUUCAUACCCUCAGAUAGUCUCCCUAUUCAACAACGUGCAACUUAACCGUGUAUUAACAUUUGAUAAUGCCCUCCAGGAAGUGAUAAUGCCCUCUGUGUAAAUCACUCACUGGAGCCUGGAGACGAGACAGUUUAGUUGAUUCUGAUUGGUCAAGAGUCUGUGUGCAUGUGGAUUGCCACGCACGUGCCAACUGGACAAGGAAUACACCGCUGUCCACAAAAGUCCCCCUUUUCUCCAAGAGGGGAAAACACUAAGUGUGGCAUACAUACGUUGUACAUUGAGGUAUGGUCAUCUACUCAAAAUUUCUUAUGUUGGGUUAGAUGGUGUGUGGACUGGCACAUCUGCACACUUUCUCCAGCAUUUGAAUUAAACUCUGAAUUUGAAAAUGGCUGUAUGUACAUGUAUGUUACAUGUAAGUAUUCGUGUUACCCAGUAUUCAGAACCCACAGUUUGUUCAUUCCACAAAUACUAAUGUAUGUACGUGUACGAGACAAGAUACCUCUCCCGUGAAACAUACUUGUAUGGUUAAUCCACUACCCCUGGGAACUCAUGUACAUGUAUACACAUAGGUAGUAAUCUUGACCAUUUAAUCCUACGAAGGAAAAUUUCUGUUGGGUUUCCAUAAAUAAAUUUCAUUUAACCACUGACCUGAAAAAACUGGUGUGUUCAGGAUGUGAUGAGGGUACAAAAUGUACAUGCUUUCAUAAAUCACUGCGCAAGCCAUAUUGGUUUGAUGAUUUUAUGGAACGAGAUGGAAGAACAGAAGAGUGAAGAAAGACUACAGUAGUUAAGUGUGUAGGAUUUGUUCCAAAGUGUGUGCUAAAUGGCAGAGUUGGAUGAGGUUUUGCAUACCUCCUGACAAACCCCAUGCAGUCAUUUUGUGUUAAAUAUACAUGUACAGUACAUGUACAUCUAUGUAAUUUUACACAUUGUACACUUUGAUCCACUUACAAUGUACUUGAUAUUGGAGUAAUUAUGAACACACUGGUUACAUGUACAUCUCAGUUGAAUGUUUUUUCCCCAAAUCAUUUAUUCCUUGCAAAAUGCCCCAUUGUGAUGAGAGGUUUCAGUAGCCAUGGGAUAAACAUGAAGUUGAUUCAGUUAAAUUUAUUUUGAUUAAGUUUAAUAGUACAUGUAAUUCAACUGUCUACUGUCCGUGAAAUCUCUCUUGUAAAGGUUUACAAAACCAGAAGUACUUGGCUUAUUUCUCCCAGGGUUUGCAGUCAACUCACUACAUUUUUUUUAUAUGAAUCACCCAAAAUUAUUAAAUGAUUACAGGAGGACUUGCUAGUUUAAUUAUUUGAAUAUCACAGCAAGAAAUACAUGUACAGUGCUUUUUCAUAUCAACGCAGUACAGUCUAUCAAUAUGCGCGUUUCACAGUAUUGCGCCUCCAAGAGUUUGCAAUGCGUUGGCCAAUCAUAAUGCGUGAAAUCUGUCGACCCGAUGCGCCUUUGGAAAGGGUCAAAGAUUUUGUACAUUGUGAUUGGCCAGUGCAUUACAAACUCUUGAAGGCACCUACACUAUGAAUUGCACAUAUUGAUAUACAUGUACAUGUGUGUACAACAAAAACUAACUGACUGGAAGUUGUUUCACAAACGAAACAUUACAAAAGCAAAACAUAUUAAACAAAAUAAAUGGAAGUUGGUUAGUUGUGAAUACUUUGAUCUAUAACUCUUUAUAAGAAAAAUCUAGGUACACUGUAUGUAUGUGUAGCUACAUGUAUGUACAUGCAAACUUUCGGUACAUGGAAAGUACCAGUAACAAUGCACUAUAAUGAAUAUUUAUAUCACAAAAAGUAACGUACUCUGCAUAGCUCUUUUGACCUUUUUGUUGAUCUAUUUAAGACUGGAGCUACAUUUUUGUAAACACCGUGAAAAACUUCAAAUGAUUUGUACACAUUUUAAUGUGAGCUUCCCCUGACAUCAGGAAGCAAUCCAUGGGACAAUGUACAUGUUUUCAGCAAAUACACAUUCCUCAGAUGGCACUGUUUUGCCCGAUUAAAAGUGUCUGCUUCCACCAAAGCAAUGGGUGAUGAUCAAGGUAAUUAGAGUCAUGAGUGCGCAGCUAGCAACUUCCAUUUAGUAUGGGUAUAUCUUUUUAUUUAUGUAAAUAUUUUUGUUUUCCCACUUCAUUGACGCAAGAUCUCUGAUUACCCAUACAUGUACUUGCUAUUCAAACAAAUAAAUACAGGCGUGAUACAUGUACAUGUAAUUUAUCUAAAUCGGUUCACCAUAAAAAUUGGUGCCUGCACAUGGUCUUUUUAUUUGGACGGUGUAAAAUGUUAAAAUUGAAUGUAUAAAUUGAAACCAUGUGCAGUGUGUGGCUCCUUUUUAAUAUUAGACCUGUGAAUAUGUUUACUUGUAUACUGAAAAAAAAAAUCAGGAAAAAAUCCAUCUAAAGCAGUACUUUCAAUAACAUUUUAAAUGAUUCUUUUUAGGUUAUGUGAUCCAUGACCCAAAUUGCCAGCCCCAUGUUUGUGUUGGUUCCAUUAAGUACUUAACGUGGAGUUCAAUAUUGCCAUUAGGAGUUUUUAAUUUACAAGAUAUUCUUAUAUUUUGAGGAUUUUGUCAAGAAUACUUCACUUUUACAGAUUCUUUACUGUCCAGUUAUGAAUUUAUUUUGAGGUGUGACACUAAAACAUUAAAUAUCAAUACUCUUUGUUUUGUGACUAGUUUUAGCAGUCAGCUUGGUACUCAGGAACAGAUGUAGAUGCACUUCAACAGUCUUUACUCUUUGGCAUAAAAUGCAUUGAUGGUAACAUGUUUAAAAAUGUCAGCUCUACGCCAAUUAAAAAACAGCAAACAGAGGCGUAUUCAGGUUUUGCAUGGAGGGGGAUAAUACAGUACUUUUUUCAAUUGCAAGGAAACCCUCAACCACCCCCAGGUGGUAAGUUUCCAAAAUGCUUAAAACUUAAUGAAUGGAAAACAUGCUUUCCACUGGAUAUGGUACAGUACACAUACAUGUAGAUGCCAGUCCACUGUAGUUACACAUUCGAUCAUUCAGCCUGAUAACGAUGAAUUGAAGAUAAAGAAAUUUUAAAUAUCAGCAAAGACAUUAAAAUGUCUAAUUCAGCAUUUUUUAUAAGUUGGUGCACAGAUUUUUUUGACGGCAAAUUUUAAAGGACAAAUAAAGACGAAACAAAAUUAUUGUCUAUGGUCUCAUGAAAAAAAAAGCGUCAAGUCAGAGAGGAGAAUACAAAAACUACCCCCCCCCCAAAAAAAAAA